AUGGUUUAUUGUGGACCUCUUCUUCUUGAAGCUCUAGUAAUUAUGCUUGGUGCCCUAACAUUUGGCUACGUCCUGGGCUACCCAUCACCAGUUGUUCCUGUAAUUCAAAAAGAUUUUAAUUUAACUGACUUCCAAGCUACCAUUUUCAACUCAAUUUCAUCACUUAUUGCUAUCGUUGGCCCAUUCUGCUCUCACCUUCUUCUCAAAUUCUUUGGCCGUCGUGUAACAGCUUUCAUUAUUUCCGUUGUUGGUGCAAUUUUCUGGGGCUUAUUGCUUUUAAUGACAAAGAAGUUGUUCUGGCUCGGUGUUGUCAUUCGUGCUUUCCUCGGAUCAGUCAUGGGAGCUUAUUCUUCCAUUGUUCCAAUGUAUAUUGUCGAAAUUGCGCCAAAGGAUCACACAGCUUUCUUCGGAACAUUAAACAAUCUUGGCAUUGCCAUCGGUCUCGUCAUUGUUUACCUGUGCGGCAACUGGUUGAACUGGCGUGAGUUAACAAUCAUUGGUGGCGGUAUUUGCGCACUGAAUGGUUUACUUAUUUGGUUUGUCAGAGAGUCACCAGCCGUUUCAGACAAGGAAGAAACCAACGAAGAAUCAGUUUUCCAGAAGAAAUACGCCAAAGGUCUUAUUGUUGGCAUCGCUCUUAUGUUCUUCCAGCAAUUCUGCGGUAUCAACGGUAUCCUUACAAACCUUACAACAUUAUUCAACAACGCAGGCAUCAAAGUCGAUUCCGGUAUCGCAUCAGCCAUUGCCUGCAGCGCCCAGAUCAUUACAAUCUUCCUCUCCUCAUUGUUCGUUGAGUGGGCCGGCAGAAGAGUUGCUUGGUGCACAAGUGCUGGUGGCCUUGUUGUUUUCUCAUUGUUAUAUGGAUUCUCAGUCAAAUACAAAUGGGGACAAAUUGCUCCAGUCGCUGCCAUCUUCGGAUUCCUCUUCUUCUUCGGUCUCGGCACUGGUCCUGUCGCGUGGUACAUUGUUCCAGAACUUUUCCCAUCUGCUGUUAGAUCGGCUGCAACAAGUAUUGCAUCAUCAGCAAACUGGUUGUGUGCUUUCACUGUCAUCCAGAUCUUCACUCCAUUGGAUAAAGCAAUCGGAACAUUCUGGUCUAUCUCAAUCUUCGCUUUCAUCUCUGUAUUCUCAUUCUUGUUCGGCUUGUUCUACGUCACAGAACCAAAUAAAGCCGACGAUGGAUUGUACAGCGCUCUUAACUAA